GCCGCUUGUCACGCAGUCCAGUCUCGCGCUACUUAUGAAGGGUUUUCUCCCUGCGCGUGUGUGCUGCUGCAGCUGCUGCUUCCUGUAUUGAAGCAGCACAGCCGAGGCUCUUUUUCAUCCGAGCCCCACACCCCAGCCCAGCCCGAAGGGACGCUCCUGUCCGGCCAAAGCCUGCUCCCCCCCGUGUAGCUGCCAGUGCCCGAGGCGGCCCGCGCGGUGCCGUGACAGCUGACCGCCCAGGAGCGCACAUUUUGGACGGACACUAACGCAGGACACGAUUUUUCAACAGCUGCUGCUAGCAAGUAGGAGCUAGGUGGCUAAUGGCCAGUACUACCAGGUAGACAGGCGAGAAGAAGAGGGGAAAUAAUCAGCAAUGUGUUGACGGCAAAUGUCGCAGCCGCACCGAAAAGCAACGUGACGUGCAAGACGACCCGAUAUGAUUUGAUUUUUAUCCAAAUAGCGGACUGACAUGGUCGCAAAAGUGAACUAAGUUUGCUAGCGUUAGCCAAGUUACUAGCUGUCUGAAAGCUGUUCCUGUUGCCUUCACUGACUGGGAGUGGAACGAGGCUGCCUACAUCAGCAAACGUCCAGCGUAUUUCAUAUUUCUUUUUUUCAGUAUUUGGGAAAGUCUUUCAGGGUAGCUACAUCAGUCGUUGUUGAAAUGGCUCCCAAAAGAAGACCCGUUCCCCUGAACAUAAAGCCCAUUGGGGAGGGACAGGCCACCUCUACCACCAUGGAUGCUGCAUCCGAAGCCAACCUCGAGGCCUUACAAAAGAAACUGGGUGAACUGGACCUGGAUGAGCAGCAGAGGAAACGACUGGAGGCUUUCCUCACCCAGAAAGCUCAGGUUGGGGAGCUGAAGGAUGAUGACUUCCACCCUAUCUGUGAGCUGGGCGCUGGAAACGGAGGAGUGGUCAACAAGGUCCGCCACAAGCCCUCCAGUUUGGUCAUGGCUCGAAAGUUGAUCCAUCUGGAAAUCAAGCCUGCCAUCAGGAAUCAGAUUAUCAGAGAGCUGCAGGUGCUGCAUGAGUGCAACUCCCCUUAUAUUGUGGGCUUCUAUGGGGCUUUCUACAGCGAUGGAGAGAUCAGCAUCUGUAUGGAGCACAUGGAUGGUGGAUCCUUGGACCAGGUCCUGAAAGAAGCGAGAAGAAUCCCAGAGGAAAUCCUGGGCAAAGUUAGCAUAGCUGUACUGAGGGGGUUGGCCUACCUGCGAGAGAAGCACCAGAUCAUGCACAGAGAUGUCAAGCCCUCCAACAUCCUGGUCAACUCUCGUGGGGAGAUCAAGCUGUGUGACUUUGGCGUGAGCGGCCAGCUCAUCGAUUCCAUGGCCAACUCCUUCGUUGGAACGCGCUCCUACAUGUCGCCGGAGAGACUGCAGGGCACUCACUACUCGGUUCAGUCGGAUGUGUGGAGCAUGGGCCUGUCUCUGGUGGAGCUGGCGAUCGGCCGCUACCCCAUCCCCCCACCAGACGCCAAGGAGCUGGAGGCCAUCUUUGGACGGCCCGUUCUGGACGGGGCCGAGGGAGAACCUCACACCAACACGCAAAGGCCCAGACCACCGGGCAGGCCCGUGAGCGGACACGGGAUGGACAGUCGACCCGCCAUGGCUAUCUUUGAACUUCUGGACUACAUCGUGAACGAGCCCCCUCCUAAGCUGCCACAUGGUGUCUUCACUUCCGACUUCCAGGAAUUUGUAACAAAAUGUCUGAUCAAGAACCCAGCGGAGAGGGCAGAUCUGAAGAUGCUGAUGAGUCACACGUUCAUCAAGCGAUCAGAGGUGGAGGAGGUGGACUUUGCUGGCUGGUUAUGUAAAACCAUGGGUCUGAACCAGCCCAGCACCCCGACCCGCAGCAGCGACUGAACUGGCCUGGAACUAGCCCCACUGCCCUUACACAGACCUCUGGGUCUUGCAUACAUACGCAGGUCAUCACACGUAUUUGCACCUUUUUCAUCUUACUCUUGGGUGAAACUUUUUUUUUUGUUGUUGUUGUUGUUGUCGUUGUCCCCCCCCCCCCCCCCCCCCCCCCCCCAUUUCUUUGUGCACCAGCAGCAGGGCCCGUUGAGUUUGUACUGUAAGACCACAGCUUCACCACACCAGUGUCAGAGUAGCCACAACUCACUUUGCCACACUGCUACAGGGGACGUUUAAGGCUCUGAAGGGCUGCCAGUGCGUCGGUUGAAUUUGCAUUGAUAUCACAGCACCUCUUUUGUAUUGUUGAAUAUUCUGUAUUAAUCUUUUUCUAUGGCAACGGUGGAUGGCUUGUGGGACUGUGUUUUAAUAAUUACCUGCUGUAGAGAUUUACUGGGCUGGAAAUGACAGGGAGCGAUCCAAACAUAUUCUCUACUUGCAAAUUAAAAAUUGGUUUUAUUGAAGGUAAAUGCAGGUGUUUUGACUAAAAACCUUUUGGCAGAUGUAUCACUUACCUGCAAUAUAACAUUGAAAUUUGUGAGUAAAGAGUGCCAGACGAAUGGGUGGGAAACGAGUCCUUUUCACUUUUUGGUAAAUGAGAGAUCACUUUAAAGAUCACUUACUUUGUGAACGAUGUCACAAACCAAAGAGGGUACUCAUGACUACUAAAGUUUUGGAUGCAAUGCUCGAUGAGUUUUUUUUUUGUUUUGUUUUGUUUUGUUUUAUUUUUGUUUUUUUUUUUCCUUUUGUAUGCACAUUCAUGAACAGUUAUAUCUAUGUACUUUGAAUGUUGACAUUUUGAUUUUUCAUUCAGUGGUAGAUGCUCUUGAUUGUACUGACAUUGUUUCCUCAACAUGAAUUUCAGUUCAUGUCCCACAGUGUGCGACAUGUUCCACGUGGGAGAGGGCGUACGCCAGUGUCCUUACUGACCUUGAGGAAACAAUGGUCACAAUGUACUCAUUGGACAAUAUAGCAUGGUUUAUUAUCUUUCUAAUACUGUAUGUGUAUUUUAUUUCCCAAGAUCAUGAUGGGGAUGAAUAGCUGGUGUUUUUAUCAAAUGCCUGAAUCUCUGCUAUGUCAAUAUGAAAUUUCAAUCACAUUGACUAUUAUGUUUUUUUUCUCCUCAGCUUUGUUGUUGAUCUGUACUUGAAUAAUUCCCCCAAAGUGUAUUUGGUUAUGUUUCCACUGUACUGCUAUGUGUGAGUAUGCAACAUGCGCUCCAAGCUUUCUUUUGGUACACAACAAGCCCAGGGCCUGUUUUUGGAAAGACUUGGGUUAAAAUACUUUUGAAAGUCUUUUUCUUUUUUUUUUUUUUCUUUUUUUUUUUCUGUGAUUUAACCAAAUUAAUUGUGACUAUAGUAAAAACCAACCUCAAGUGGAGUUUAAGACCAGCUGAAGCAAAGGCUUCAAACAGUUUCAAAAGGGUUUUAAGGAACAUUUUAACCCAGGUCAGUGUUGGUCAGAUGGUGGUGGUGUUACUCGCUAGCCUGCCGUCUUGCUAAGAGCUCUUGUAUUCUCUCUGCUUAUGGCUGAACUUUCUUAUUCCCAAAAAAAAAAAAAAAAAAAAAAAAAAAAAAAC